GAGUUGCAAAUAACAUCUGAGGUCCGCGAGGGCGGGGCUGCCGUCGCGGCUCGCGGCUCGCGACUCGCGUAACCAUAACAAAAACAGUCAAAACAGGGAGUCGCAAGCGAUGCCUCUGCGGGGACACAUUCACCUGCAGCGCGAAGACUGAAUUGCGAGAUGAGAGUCGCCGUUUUAUCCGUCCUGCUUCUCUGCGGCGUGGCUGCUGGAAAAGAUUUCUGCACAGAAGAGCUGCGGAUGAACGUGACGGACGCAAAGUUGCUCGAGAACGGACAUCUUUUGACGCAAGAAGACGAAUAUCCCGCCGGAACGUUUUGGAAUGACGAGGAGGAGGAGACGUGGUGGGUUUGUCCCUGUCUCUUGGGACACUGCAUCAGAAUUUGUAACGACGACUUUGCAGAAUUAAUCGUGUCUCGAAGUAUAACUCGGACUAGUUACGGCAUUAUUAACUGGGAAAAAGUCUUUGACGCACACCAGACGCCCUUGGAGUACUUCAAACUGGUAAAAAAUGCAAAGUGCAAGGAUGCAUCUGCAGAGCUCUUAACUGACGAUGAGUUCCAAAUACUGUACGACGGACAGCUGGUGGUGAAAAGUUCAAACGAGACAGUUGAGAUCGAGCAAUAUUGUGUUAAAACGGGAAUACUUUCCACGUAUCUUGUUCGUUGCUUGGAGAAAUCCCUACCAGUUGAGCGCCAACUUUACAUACUAGUUUUGAUCGUGAGUUCUGGUUGCCUGAUUUGGACCGCAUUGGCUUAUAACUAUAGCCCGGUGAUCAAGUCAAACCACGGAAACAUCGUGGUUUGCCACGCAGCGAGUCUGGCGGUCUUUUCCCUCGCCUUAUAUGUGGUCCAUAAUCACGGCAGAUUCACCGGCCAGGCUUUUGGCUUAAUUUUUGGAUGCCUUCCUCCAUACGCCUACCUCGCCUCAGUUUGUUGGAUCAACUGCGUGUGUAUUGACCUCUACCUGGUUUUCAAAGGGCUUGGCUGGACGCAUAAUAAUGCUUACCUCACAAAAAUGUCAAUCUACUCGUUUUGCGCUCCAUUGGCCGUAGUGGCCGCGGUUCUGAUAUUCAACACAGCUGACGGAUAUGGAACUCCAACAUGCUGGAUUGACGGUCCAGCUUACGAGUGGGUUUUCUAUCUGGGACCGAGCCUGAUCGUGAUUUUGGCCAACUUUUACUUGCUGUACACGACCUAUUCUCGCGGAAAUGCCAAUCCGGUUCCCACCACGGAGGAAUCUGCCGAGGCUGCGAACCGAACACGAGCCGAAGUGGAUAUGCUGCGGAAUAACAAGCAGCGCGGAUUGUUUCUCACUGCGCUGCUAGGCUUCGUGUUCUUCGCCAAAGCUUUGCCUUAUUUCUAUUAUGUCGGUCACAUCUGGUACUAUUUCUUGAGUCUCACUGGCGCCUUGCAAGGGCUUCUCACUUUCUGCGUCCUCAUGCUCUUCACCUCUCGUUCGUAAAUGUGGAGAAUUGCCUCAGAAAUUAGAUCUUUUAAUCGUUAAAUGCGUGUGCCUCAAAUAUGAAUUUUAAAAGCUUUUAAAGCAAUUUAGGCUUCAAGCCCAGUUAGAAAAUUUUACUUAAAUAUUUUUAUUGAUAUUUAUGCACUGUUGAAUCUGACAGGUUAGCCUCUAUUUGGUGUCUAAAAUUAUACAAGUGUGUUUUCAGUCAAAAAUCGAGGUUGUCUAGAAUAUUAGCUCUACUUAAUUUUGUCAUCAUUACUUUUAAGAUAUCUUGUCCAACAAUAUAUGAAUUUAUAGAAAAAUACUCAUUUUUUAUAUACAUAUUAAGUGAUAAAAUCACAACCUAUAUAUAGCAGGCAGAAAAUGUUUCCCGCUUGAAAAGCAUACAAAAUAACCGCAUGGCGUCGUAAGAAACUUAUUCGAUAUAUUCCACAAAAUAAAAAAUAAAUAUACUGUAUACUCACAAAA